UUUUUGUUGUUGUUCUUUAUUCAUCCAAGAUAUUUCGACUGUUAUAUUUGUUGUUGUUGUUGGUGUCUUUCCAGCAGAUUUUUUUUUUAAAUUGUGAAACGCUCCACGAUUUUUGGCGCCGAUCGAAAGAAAUCGUGGGGGGUGCGAAUUUUUUUAGAAUUUUUAUCGUAUGCGUUUCGACGAAGAAGAAAAGGAAGAAACGCAUUCGGCUCAUCUAUUAUAUAUUAUAUAUAUACAUAUAGUACACGUAUAGUGAAUCUCUUGUAUAUGUGACUGCCAAUUCCUUCCCUCUUCGACAGUCAUCGAUUUGUAAAGAUUUAUGUAAGCAGAGAGAAUUCAAAUCGAAGAAGGUUUGAUUGUGACCAACGCAGUGAAUAAAAUUUGAAAAAAAAUAAUAAUAAAAGAACGUAUUGCAAGAACCUCAAUCACGGUGCGAAUUUAGUUUGAAACGUAAGGGAUCGUUCAUCACCAUCAAUUGUUUUCUUACGGAACCACACAACUCAUGCAUACAUGUUGCGCAAGCUGCAAGAAUCUCUAAUUUUCUUUCUCUUAUUCAUUGUUCGCCCGUUUGUCUAUCUCUCUUUGUCCGUUAUUGUUAAUCAAUCGGUUUGUGGAAUUUAUGGAUGCGAAUUUAGGACACGACUAGCUCGUUGGAGUACUGCCAGGACUGUAAGAUGAAGGUGUACCCCUUGGAGAAGAUCUCCGUGCACGGGGCCAUCUACCACAAGAAGUGUUUCAAGUGCAUGGAGUGCCAUUCGAUUCUGAGGAUGGACUCGUACUCGUACAAUCAGGGUCUGCUGUACUGCACCCCGCACUUCAAGAGGCUAUUCAUCACCAAAGGGAAUUACGACACAGCCUUCGGAUUGGAGCAGCACAAGGAGAAAUGGAACGCCUCCGUGGCUUAAGACUAUAUUAGUAUUUAUUCCUAUUCCCGAAACCCAAGAUAUGAAAGAAACAAACAAAAGUAACAACUAUUAAACAACCAAAACCCAAUCCUCGUUAGAACAACUAACCCCCCCUUUUUUUUUCGAAUCUGAUUUUAACAGAGGCGACGAGUGCAACGAAACGACGACGAACACGAAGGGACUGAACACUUUGAGCAAACAAAGGUACUUAAUAUCCUUCGCCCAUUCGGACAAGAUCAAUCGUUGAUUCGAUUAAUAUAGAACUAUGAAAAUCGAAGGCUUCUAACUUAAUUAUAUAUACAUCAUAUAAAUAUUAUUUUUUGAUCUGAAUUGUAGAUCCGCGUUUCUCAAACUUUAUUAUUUAAAAAAAAAAUUAUCCGCAGUUGCCAACCGGCGUGGCAUCAUUUUGUUGUUCGAUAUGUAUAUUUUGUCGAAAGAUAUGGUCUUAACCAACUCAACUGUCCUAUUUAUAUGUAUGUAAUCUACCACUUAAAUUCGUUCGCGGUCUCCAUCCGCGGAGUCGCAGAUAAAGAGAGACAAUCGAUGAUGAGAUGUGGUCUUCCUUAUCGAGC